ACCAGCGCCAUACAAGUGGAUCCCUCAACCACUUCACCACACCCGACCCAAGCUUUUUUUUGCUGCUGGAAAAGGUUGCGACUACCGAAAAAAGCCUGUGCGCACAUCCGUCGCCGCCUGCAGCAAAAUCCGCCGCCCAGCCAAAACCACUCCACAGGGACUUGGUUAAAUAUUUUGCUCCGUCCCCCGGCCCCAUCCACUGCCCUCCUCCCUCUUCCUUUUUUCUCAGGUUUGACCUCCAUUCUUUUCUACCCGACUGUUUCGUUCUCCGCGAACGCCCUCCACUCAGUCUUUUACUUCUUCGCGCGACUUCUUCAGAAGAGCCGAUCUCGAGUCAGGAAUCCUUUUCGACCCUCCAUCGAAAACCUCCACGACUCUUCCAUUCAAGUCGCUUGCUUCGAUCAGACCGACGGCACUUGUUCUUUUUUGAUCUCCGACCUAGACAACAACUUUUUCAGUCGACUCCACGACCAAAUCAGUCAUCAUGUCCGCCAAGGAGAACGCCCAGAGCCUCAAGGUUCUUGAUGAGCUCAUGCAGAAGCUCACCAUCGCCAACGAGGCCGAUGCCGUCAAGGAGGCUUCCCAAGCUGUUGCCUCUUUCAUCAACGGUCGCAUCGAGGACCUUGAUACCCCCGUCAAGACUGUCGAGGCGCUCAAGAAGCAGCUCGCCAACAAGAAGGAUGCCACCGCUCGCGAGAAGGCUCUUUCUGCCAUCCAGGCUAUCGCUCAGCACAGCGAGGUUUCCGCCCAUGUUGAGCCCUACCUGAUCUCCCUCCUCCCCAGCGUCUUCGCUGCCGCUGGUGACAAGAUCACCGCUGUCAAGAACGCCGCCAUUGCUGCCGCUCUUGCCAUCGCCGAGGCCAUCAACCCCAACGCUGUCAAGGCCACCCUCAACCCCCUCAUCGACACCAUCCGCAACGCCCAGAAGUGGCCCGAGAAGAUGACCGCCCUUGACUUCAUCGAUACCCUCAUCCGCACCGCCCCCGUCCAGCUCGGUCUCCGUGUCCCCGAGCUCAUCCCCGUCGUCUCUGAGGCCAUGUGGGAUACCAAGAAGGAGGUCAAGGACCGCGCCUACCAGACCAUGGAGAAGCUCUGCCAGCUUAUCGUCAACCGCGAUAUCGAGCGUUUCAUUCCC